AUGAAAUUGUUGUGGUUUGCCCUGUUCGCCCUUUUGGCUGUAUCAGCCCUCGCCGCGCCACUCCCAGAAUCCGAGGCCAAGCCCGAGGCUGCCGUGGUAAGAUUUUUGGUUUUUUUACGUCUUAGAGAGGAGUUUAUGGUUAAAGUUUUUUACACGCAACUUUUCUAGGAAGAGAAGAAAGAAGAAGCCGCCAAGCCAGAAGAGAAACCCACCGAAAUCACUAAGCCCGCCGAAGAGCCCAAGCUAAUCGCCGAGGAGGCCAAGCCAGAGGAGGAAAAGAAGGAAGAGGCUAAGCCAGAGGAGGCCAAGCCAGCUGAGGAGGCCAAGCCAGCUGAGGAAGCCAAGCCAGAGGAGAAGAAGGAGGAAGAGGCCAAGCCAGCCGAAGAGGCCAAGCCAACCGAGGAGGCCAAGCCAACCGAAGAGGCCAAGCCCGAGGAAGCCAAGCCAGAGGAAGCCAAGCCAGCUACCGAAGAGACCAAGGCCGAAGAGAAGCCCGCUGAGGAAAAGAAGGAGGAAGAGAAGCCAGCCGAAGAAGCCAAGCCAGAAGAAAAGAAGGCCGCUGAUGAGCCCCUAGCUGAGGAGAAGAAGACCGAAGAAGGCGAGAAAUUGAUCGCCAAGGCCGAAGAAGCCAAGCCAGAGGAGGAGAAGAAGGACGAAGCCAAGCCCGCCGAGGAGGCCAAGCCCGAGGAGGAGAAGAAGGAAGAGGCCAAGCCCGAGGAGAAGAAGGAGGAGAUCAAGCCAGAGGAGGAGAAGAAGGAAGAAAUUAAACCAGAAGAGAAGAAGGAAGAGGCCAAGCCCGAAGAGAAGAAAUCCGAGGAAUCAAAGUCUUCCGAGUCCAAGGAAGAGGCCAAGCCAGAGGAGAAGAAGAUCGAUUCCGAGUCGAAGUCGGAGGAGAAGAAAUCCGAGGAGCCCAAGAAGGAGUAG